AUGGGCUGUCACCCAAAGCAAAUUGACACUGUUUUUCCCUUGGUAACCGCAAAGGGGGAGAAUCACCCGUCUCCUAAUUUUAACCAGUACGUGAGGGACCAGGGUGCCAUGACCGACCAGCUGAGCCGGCGGCAGAUCCGCGAGUACCAGCUCUACAGCCGGACCAGCGGCAAGCACGUGCAGGUCACUGGGCGUCGCAUCUCCGCCACCGCUGAGGAUGGCAACAAGUUUGCCAAGCUCAUAGUGGAGACAGACACCUUCGGAAGCCGCGUGCGCAUCAAGGGAGCUGAGAGCGAGAAAUACAUCUGUAUGAACAAGAGGGGCAAGCUCAUCGGGAAGCCCAGCGGGAAGAGCAAAGACUGCGUGUUCACAGAGAUCGUGCUGGAGAACAACUACACAGCCUUCCAGAAUGCACGGCACGAGGGCUGGUUCAUGGCCUUCACGCGGCAGGGCCGGCCCCGCCAGGCCUCCCGCAGCCGCCAGAACCAGCGAGAGGCUCACUUCAUCAAGCGCCUCUACCAGGGCCAGCUGCCCUUCCCCAACCAUGCCGAGAGGCAGAAGCAGUUCGAGUUUGUGGGCUCAGCCCCCACCCGCCGGACCAAGCGCACUCGGAGGCCACAGCCCCUGACAUAGUCAGGGACACCCCCGGGGGGGCAGCCGCCCCUCACUCAUGGGCCUUCCCAUCCCCUUCCCUUCCUAAUCCAAAGACAGGGCUGGGGUGGAGGCAGGGGAGCCAGGCCCCCAAGGAGGAUGCUGAGGACCACCGAGCAUCAGAGACCCCCCACCGGAAAGGCGGAGGACUGCCACUAACCAGGGCUGGCUCCUCAGGGCCCCACCCUGGCGUGGCCCCCUGGGGGCGGGGCAGGCCCCCCAGAAGGGGAAGGUAGAAUAACCCGAGGUCAGGCUCCCCUGAACCAAGUGGGCAAAGUCAGCGGAUUCAAGGCUCUGCAGACACGGUCUGGAGGCGGCUCUCCUCGAACUCUGCUGCCCCUGUCUCCCUCAGUCUGCCCCCCAGCCUCCAAAUUCCUCCUGGCCAGACUGUAGGAAAGGACUUUUGUUUUGGUUUCAGGAAAAAAAAGAGGGAGAAAAAAAAAAAAGAGGGCUGGCCAUUCUUCACAUUCCACUACCCAGGCCUACACCCUCUCCCCCAACUCCCAGCCCCGGAAUAAAACCAUUUUCCUGCAAACGGGUUAUCUGAAGCGGGGUGGGGGGGGUGGGGGAAACAACUGCAAAGCUCAACUGGGGACAAACUUGCUCCUCCGAGAGAAGAGGAGGCCGGCGCGCAGGCCCGGGGCUGGCGCGGCAGGUGGAGGCCAGGCCGGGCCCCGCACGUACCCGCAGGGGCAGGGGACAAGGGGGCAGGAGCAGCGGCAAGGGAUGGCCCGGCAGGCCCGCACCUCCGCCCCGCGGGAGGCUGGCGGCCCGGAGCGCGCCCCUCCUCCGCGGGCUCAGGUUUCCUGGCUGGCACCGCGCGUCCCGUGCUACCUGCUGGGGCGCAGAAACCCCAAUCCUGGGGC